GGGUCCGCAUCGCGCUGCCCGCGCGCAUACGUCCUUGCGUUCAUCGUAGAACGCUCUCGGUCUGCUCGGUUCGCUCGCGAGGCCCCAGUGUGUUUUUACUCGGGGUUGGGUAAACUCCGGCCUGUUGUGUAUCAUAAUACGAUCGGUGCGGGUGCAACGCGCGCGGCUUUACGGACGACAUCGACCACUACACCGGCUUUCUCACGUCGUCCACGCAACUUUCCGCGCGUGCCUUUACUGUUACCUUCCGCUAUAUAUCUCUCUCUCCCUUUCUCUCUCUCUCUCUCUCUCUCUCUCUUCCUCUCUCUCUUUUUGUUUCUCUCUCUCUCUCUCUUCCUCUCUCUUUCUUUCUCUCUCUUUCUCUCUUUCUCUCUCUCUCUCUUUCUCUCUCUCUCUCUCUCUCUCUCUCUCUCAUGACUUGUUCAAAGAAAGGCACAGGACAGGAAAUCUAUGUCAUCGUACGUCACAAAGAUUUUACUUUGUAAAUCUUAGGAUUUAAAGAUUUUUGAGGAAAAGAGUCUUAAAUCUUUGGAGAGAGAGAGAACCUGGGUUGAGAGAAAGAGUGUUAAAUAUUUCCAUUGACAAGGAAAUAUUUCCUUCGAGCAAGUUUGUCGAAUAGGUGAAAACGAACGGGAUAUGUCUAUAUUGGGAGGAAUGAUCAUAGCGACAUUUCAAUAAAAAAAGCGUCUCUUUAAUCGAAGAAACGGAAAUAAGAACGGUGUAUAUGUGUGCGUGAGUGUCCCGUAAAAGAAAAGGUGUUGAAGGUCAAGAGAGAGAGAAAGAGAGAGAGAGAGAGAGAGUUAAAGAUCAGUUAAUCAGAAUGCACACGUUGUUCGGAGAACAAAAUGCUUAUUAUCGUCAUGCGAGCGCCGUACCUGUGGGUAUGGGCACGGCAUCCUAUCCAGGCGUGGGCGUGGGUGUGGGCGCUGCCCCGGGCUACUACGAGCAAUAUCGUUACGGUGGAUAUGCGACGGCCGCUGGUUAUCCUGUCUCCGGGAUAACACAGCAACACAUACACCAUCCUGGUAAGGACAUGGUGAAACCACCCUACUCUUAUAUAGCUUUAAUUGCCAUGGCUAUUCAAAAUGCACCGGACAAGAAGAUCACUCUAAACGGUAUCUAUCAGUUUAUAAUGGAACGUUUCCCUUAUUACCGCGAGAAUAAACAAGGUUGGCAAAAUUCUAUUAGGCAUAAUCUUAGUUUGAACGAGUGUUUCGUUAAGGUGCCGCGAGAUGAUAAGAAACCGGGUAAGGGUAGUUACUGGUCCCUCGAUCCGGAUAGUUACAAUAUGUUCGACAACGGUUCCUAUUUGAGACGUCGUAGGAGAUUCAAAAAGAAGGACGCUUUGAAAGAGAAAGAGGAGGCGUUAAAGAGGCAGGGUCUAUUGACGGAGAAACGAGGACAGCAGCAACAGCAACAGCAGGAGGACGUAAAGUCAAACAGCGGUGCUAUUGUAAACCUUGCGCCGUCGAUAGAAACGACGACGGUAAAAAAGGUCGGCGGCGGUGGUAACGGCGGUAGUGGAGGUGGUGGUGGUGGUGGUGGUGCUAGUGCCGGUGGUGUUGGUAGUGUUAUCGGUGGUGUUGCGGGUGUCAUGGAGGGUGGUACAGUGACGACAACGGCGAGUACAACUACGACUGGGCUAUGCAAACCAAAGAGAGAGCCGGUGAACGAUCACUGCAUGGCCGCCGUGCAGAGCAAGUAUGGUCUGUUACAUAGCCCGAUUCAACAAGAGACGAAGACAACGGUAACAGGCGUCGUAGUGGCAAGCGUACCAUCGCACACGGCAGUUAGCGGAGGUCAGAGCGUCAUUCAGACGGCUCUUGGGAAUCAAGUACAUCAGGGUCAUCAUCAGGUCCAUCAGGAGACUACGAUUCAGGAUGUCUCAAUGGUGGGCCUCGAUCCUGGUGCAUUUAGCGUCGACGCUCUCAUGACGACCCGGGAAAAUGCUCUAAUGAAUAAUCGGGCCGAUCAAAGCACCAGUCAACAACAUCCGCAUGCUCACGCUCACGCCCUUCAACAUCCUCACGGUGCCCACUCGCACUCUCACCCGCACUCGCAUUCGCACUCGCACGCCCACUCAUCGGCGUGCACAACGACGACCAGCACGACCGCUGCGGUUGCCGCCAUGAUGGCAUCCACCGGAUACGCCCCUCACGGUAGCGCCGUAGCGAGAGGAAACUCAUCGCCACCCGGUACCGGCAUGUACGCGCCCUAUUGCGCGCCUACGCCUAGCUACAUCAUGGAUCAUGCUGAUUACAAUCCGAGGAAUCAUGGAAAUGCUGCUGCCGCGGCUGCAGCAGCCGCUGCUGCGGCCGCAGCCGCACAUACACAGUGGUAUCAAGAAGCUGCUAGUCCAGACGCUGCACCCAUUUAUCAGGACACUCAGUCGCCCAGCUGUCAACUUUACAGAUCUAGCCCAUCGACUCCUCUUUCGACGGGUGCAGCACCAUCUCCACCGCUUUAUCAUAGAUAUUAUCAAGACUGCAACGCCGUUAAUAGCAGUGGGAAUUUGCCGAUAACGCUGCAGAAAUACUGAGAAUACCGAAAUUCAAGGCCCCAUCAGCGAGGCCUUGAAGAGCACCAGAACGAGUAUGAUCCUGGUCUGGUUUAUGUCAAGCAAGAAUGGAUACCAAUGACGGAGGAACUCGCCAAAGAUUGGAACUGAAGAUGGGAUCUAAAUUAUCGUCGUGAAAAAAAAGUCGGGUAAAAUGAUAUAUAUUCCGUCUUGUUACGAUAUUAAAAUAUUUUCGCGUUGUCCUUUAUAACGAGGAAUUUCUCUCUCUCUCUCUCUUUUUCUCUCUGUCUUUACGAAAGAAAAAACAAAACAGAAAAGAAAAAAAAUUGAGAAAUUUCGUUAAUAUAAUACCUAUGUUUUUAAUAAACGAAGAGCAGAUGGUCUGCGAAUUAAUCAAAUAAGAAAACUCUCGUACGUAUCGAUUAUGCUUCUUUAUUUUUUUUCAUCUUACCCUUUUCUGUUUUUCUCUUUCUUUUUCUUUCUUUUUUUUUUUCUUUCAUUAAACGGUUACUACAUCGAAGCUUUGAAUCAUUCGUGAUAAUCGUUGUCCUUGAAUCGUUCUUACAUUUUGUACAAUUUCAUUGGUUUCAAAGUAAUCAAACAUAUAACGAGUAAGAAAAUAAAUAGAUACAUUGUUAUCUAUUGAUCCGAUUCGCAGUUCAUCUGUUAAGAUAUUCAUCCAUAUUUUCGUCGAAAAUGUUUCUAAUAUUAAUUUGGCGUAUGCUAAAUUAACUUUAGCUAAUUUGCUUUCUGUUAAUGGGAAGCAUCGAUGGGAUAUACUAUUCCGAUUUUUAAAGUCUACGGAUGACAAUUAUAUGAAGAGCACAGUGUCUCAUAUUUCAUGAUCUCGUUACACAAAUUAAAAGUUGUGGAAAGAUAGAUAGAUAGAUAGAUAGAUAGAUAGAGGAAGAGAGAGAGAGAGAGAGAGAGAGAGAGAGAGGAGGGAGAAAGAGGAAGAUUUAGUGGAAUAAAAACGGCACUCAUAAAUUUGGAACUCACCUGAGCAAACAUUCGUCAUUCAGUAGGCACGCUGUCGCUGACCUAGGACAAUUGUUUCUUCGAAAAGACGUCUUGUUUUUUUCAUAAGCAAGUUCAAUGCUAAGGAUUUAUCAAGCGCAACUGUACAAACGUUCCGGUAAAAAUUCGCAUGCGACGGACGAAAAAUAUUGGCGUGGCUCUGUUUGCCGUUUGUCUGCUUACUUCCGAAAAAAGCUUUAGCCGAGGACGGAUUAAUGUCAUCUCAUUGAAUCUUUCUAAUCUUCGGAAAUAAUUCUAUUUCGAUUUUGAAUUAGAGGCGUCGGUAUCGUGAGUCUCGCCGUUAACAGAUGUCUUAAACAACUAAUAUAUAGAUGCUAGAAAAUUCCCUUCAUAAUAAUAAUUUACAAUGAUUUAUACAAAAUUCCAAGGAAAUAAAUUUUCUAAUAUAUUAUUUGAAGGAAUUGAAACAGAUUUAAAGAAAAAAACAA